ACAACCAAUGAUUUUGCCGAGUUUAUUCAGGAGAACGAACGGCCUAUCUAACAAUUUAAGAACAUUUUCGACUAGUUUGCCAAAGUUUGAAACUGCAGGUGCAUUAACUUCUGUAUUAUCUGAUACAAAUGCACUACAAAUACAAUCAGUUGGUAAAUCAGGAGUAACGUUUAGUGAUGGAAAGAUAUGCAAAGGACCAGUAAUGAUUAUAGAUAAUAAAGUAUUCUUAUGGAAAGUUCCUUCACCUACUGCACCAUUUAAUUGGGGUGAUGCUAUACCAAAAGAUGCUUUCAAAGUGUUCGAAACGCUAACACCAAGGCCAGAAAUCUUACUACUUGGUACUGGUAAACAUAUGUUGCCACCCCCACCAUCAUUCAAUAAAUACCUUAAUAGUCUGGGUAUACAGGUUGACGUUAUCGAUACUAAGAAUGCAUGUUCUACAUAUAACAUCCUCGUCGAGGAGGAUAGGAACGUAGCAGCCGCUAUCUUCCCAGUCGAUGGCUAUGAAUGGAAGAAUAGGAAGGAGUAGAUUAUUAGUUAUUAGUUCAUAAGAAUUCCCAUUGAACAAUAAGUUAGAUGUAUUUAUUAAGCAUUAUUAUAUGUA